UCUCCUUUCUCUUCACCAAACCACUCCCUCUAAUAACCAUACCAACCCUUGUCAUUUCUCCCAUGACAACCACAGUAACACCCAUUUCCACCCUCUUUUUCCUCUUCUUCACCUUAUCAUCGGCAACCAGCUUCAGCCAAAAUCACUGGAGGAGCGAUGAUGAAGUGAUGAGCUUGUACCAAGCUUGGCUCGUUAAACAUGGCAAACAAUACAACGGUAUAGGGGAGGAAGAGAACCGGUUCGAUAUCUUUAAGGAUAACUUGAAAUUCAUCGACCAACAUAACUCCAAAAACACCACAUACAAACUUGGGUUGAACAAGUUCGCUGAUUUAACUAACCAGGAGUACCGUUCCAUGUUUUUGGGUACCAAGAGUGACCCUAAACGUCGAGUAAUGAAGUCCAAAAACCCCAGCCAACGCUAUGCUUCCCGCGCCGGCGACAGUUUGCCCGAAUCUGUUGACUGGAGAGAUCAUGGAGCCGUUACUCCAGUGAAGGAUCAAGGGCGUUGCGGAAGUUGCUGGGCAUUUUCAACGAUUGCAGCUGUUGAAGGCAUAAAUAAAAUCGCCACCGGCGAACUAAUCUCUUUGUCAGAGCAAGAGCUAGUAGAUUGUGACCGAUCCUACGACGCUGGUUGCGAUGGAGGCCUAAUGGACUAUGCCUUCCAAUUCAUUAUUGACAACGGUGGCAUUGACUCUGAACAAGACUAUCCUUACCUUGGUGCUGAUAAUAACCAAUGCGAUCCAACGAGGAAUGCUAAGGUUGUCAGCAUUGAUGGGUACGAGGAUGUUGUUCAAUAUGAUGAGAAGGCAUUGAAGAAGGCUGUAUCACAUCAACCUGUGAGUGUCGCCAUUGAAGCUAGUGGCAGAGCUUUCCAACUCUACGAAUCGGGAGUUUUCAGCGGUGAAUGCGGGUCAGCAUUAGACCACGGCGUGAUUGUCAUCGGAUAUGGCACGGAUGAGAACGGUCAGGAAUAUUGGACAGUGAGGAACUCAUGGGGCAGCGGUUGGGGUGAAGAUGGAUACAUAAGGAUGGAGCGUAACGUUGAUGACUGUGCUGGCAAGUGUGGCAUUGCGAUGGAGGCUUCCUAUCCUGUUAAGAAUGGGGCAAACACCAUCAAACCUUACUGGACUAAUGAAGACACUGAGAAAAUUAGCAGUGCCUGAGAGUUAAAGAUGUGUGCCAGCUGCUGUUUUGGGCCAUGGGAGAAGAGGUGUGCCAUGAGUUAAAAAUGAAGACACUCUCUAUUUCCUUGUUUGUUUGAAGUUAAUUUAUGAUUGUUUGUACAUAUAUUUUCAUUAGUCAAAACAGCUGACUGGAAAGCUGGUAUUGUUGUGAUGAAUUCAAAGUUUAAUCUAGAUUUGGCAUGAAUUUGGGCCUCAAAUCCCCAAGUUGCCAUCUUGGACUUGGACUACCAA